AUUAGCAUUUCUCCAUAUAAUUUUCUAUGCUUCAGUCACUGUGUACAAAUCACAAUAAAAACGUAAUUCUGUGAAAGAAACAUGGUUAAAUGGUCGCCUUUACUGAUAUUACAAAUGGUAGCGCACGUUUCAAUUUCCCUGAAAUUUAUAACCCAUCCUGAAGCGGAUCUCAACAUGGAGCAAAAAAUUAAAAAACACGGAUACCCCCUCGAAAUUCACGAGGUCAUAACAGAAGAUAAUUAUAUACUCACGGUACACAGAGUACCACAUGGUAGAAAACCACCGAACAAUAGAACCAAUAGAAGUCCAGUUUUGUUGCUACAUGGUAUGGGAGCUCAUCCAGAAUACUUCUUGGUACUCGGCAGGCGUUCCCUGGUGUAUUACCUAGCUGAUAGAGAUUUCGAUGUGUGGAUACUAAAUGCUAGGGGAUCACCGUAUUCUGAGAAACACAAAUAUUUUGAUGUUGGAGAUCCUAAAUACUGGAAAUUCAGUUUCCAUGAAAUUGGAGUAUACGAUAUUCCAGCCAAUAUAGACUACAUAGUAAAUAAAACGAACCAGAAAGUUUUCGUUAUUGGACACUCGCAAGGUAACACGUGUUACUUUGUUAUGGCAACUGAAAGGCCUGAAUAUAACGAUAAAGUAAAAAUUUCCAGUGUUUAUGCACCUUCAGUUCUUCUGAAAUAUAUGGACUAUCCUUUCGCUGUUACAUUUUCGUAUGUAGUUGAACUGUUCCAGCUGAUUUAUGAUAUUUUGGGAAUGGGAGUUUUAUUUCCAGUGAACGAUUCUAUAGCACUGCUAACAAAAAUUUUGUGUUCAGAAACUACAUAUUUUUUACAAUUCUGCACACACCUUUUGUCUGUCAUAGGAAGUCAUGAAUCUCAACUUAUUACUAAGGAAGUUGCUUCCCUACUUUUCAGCGUACGACCCGUAAAUAUUGCUGCUAGACAAUUGUUCCAUUACAUGCAAAAUGUAAAAUCAGGUAUAUUUAGACAAUACGACUUUGGAGAAAUUGGUAAUUUGGAAAGAUAUAAGACAAAAAUGCCACCAGAAUACAAUUUAACAAAUGCAGUAGCUCCUGUCGCUUUAUUUUAUGCAGAGAGAGAUGACGUGACGUCUGUCAAAGGGGCACAGGAAACUAUGAAGGUCUUACCCAAUGUGAUAUUUAGCUAUAAAGUGCCAUAUAAAUAUUUUAACCACAUAGAUUUCCUUUUUGGUAGCAACGCUUCUACUCUGGUGUAUAAAAGAAAUGUCCAGUUAUUCAAGGAUUUUGACAGUGGAAAAAUGACAUAAAAAUAGGAUAUGAUUCAAAUUCGUUAAAAAUUAAGAAUUUUAAAUGUAUUUUAUGUUUUGUAUAUUCUUUCGCAAAUUUUUUCGUAUUGCACUGACAAAAGUAUUGUUAUUAUUCCGUUAAAAAAGGAAGUUUAUUUUAUAAUGUUAUCAAAAUGUUAGGUAGGUAUUACAGUAACUAUAGUAGGAUCGUAUUCGAUCCAAAGUAGAGCAAAAAAUUGUCGGUCAUCAUUUU